AGAGACGUGUUGCACUUCACUCAUUUGUAUCUGCUCAGUGGUGAAUUUUCAGACAAGAAAUGGUUUCCAUCACAACUGAAAAUGUUACGCAGCUGUACAACAUGACCACCCAGGAGCUUACAGUCAGUCCAGAAUAUUUCCACAAUAAUUCAGGAGUGCAUCAGAUAGAUCAAUAUGAAUGUGUUAGUGCAGAUGUGUGGAAAUGGCUACAGGAUUACCAGCCUGUAUUUCUCUGGUUUAUAUUUAUUCUGGGAUCAAUAGAAAAUUCCUUUGUGCUCACCAUCCUGUGUUUCCACAAGAGUAGCUGCACAGUGGCUGAAAUUUACCUAGCAAACAUGGCAUUUGCUGACCUAAUGUUGGUCUGUACUUUACCUUUCUGGGCCAUUAAUAUUUCUAAUAAUUUUCAUUGGCCUUUUGGCCAGUUUCUCUGUAAAGCCAUCAAUGUUAUGAGUAACAUGAACUUAUAUUCUAGCAUUUAUUUCCUGACACUAGUGAGCAUUGAUCGCUACCUGGCCUUGGUGAAAACCAUGUCUCUUGGGCGGAUGAGACGAACUGUCUGUGCCAAAUGGAAUUGUUUUGUGAUUUGGACAUGUGCACUGCUGAUGUGUUCACCUACAAUGGUGUUUCGAAAUUUGCGCUAUUUUGAAGAGUACAACAUCACAGCCUGUGUUCUCCUCUACCCAGCUAGCUACUGGGAGCCAACAAACAACUGCUUGCUCAAUACUGUGGGGUUUGUGAUCCCAUUCUGUGUAAUUACCUAUUGCACUGUGCAAAUCAUCAAAGCCUUACGAAGCAGUGAGCUACGAAAAAUGCAGGUAGUCCAGACAGAGAAGAGAGCCACCAUGCUGAUCUUUGCUGUGCUCCUGAUGUUCAUCAUUUGCUGGCUUCCAUUCCAGAUCACCACAGCCAUCGACACAAUCCGUUACUUCUCACCCACUCUCAAAUGCCUGGAAGACAUCAAUGACAUACUGACCCAGAUAGCCACAUACUGCUCCUUUAGCAACAGCUGCCUGAACCCAGUCCUGUAUGUGAUUGUUGGGAAAAACUUCCAGAAGAAGGCUGUGGAAUUCUACAAGGACUUGUUCACAAAGAGGUGCAGAAAAUUACAGUCUGUGCAGAUAGAAAACUCCCUGGACACUUUAAGAACUUCCAUUUCAAGUGAAUACUCAAGGAAAAAGUCUGGUUUGUCAUUACCCCAAUAG